AUGUUGUCCAUUGCUACUGUCAGUAAAAGUACUGCUACUGUCAGUAAAAGUACUGCUACUGUCAGUAAAAGUACUGCUACUGUCAGUAAAAGUACUGCUACUGUCAGAAAAAGUACUGCUACUGUCAGUAAAAGUACUGCUACUGUCAGUAAAAGUACUGCUACUGUCAGUAAAAGUACUGCUACUGUCAGUAAAAAGGAAAAUUUGAGAGGGUUUUCGACGAUAAAGUACUGCUACUGUCAGUAA